GGAAGAAGCCGCGGGAACGGGAACGGCUAGGUAUCGGAGGGAAUCGGGAUGUACGGAACUCCGUUAGAGAGAAACAUUGUUGGAUAUGGCUCCUUGGAUCCAAGUGGGUUCAUGGAUGUAGUGGGCAUUUAUUUUCCUCAGCAGCUUUUCACAGUCGAACAAAGCUGGCUCGACCUCAUGUCUGCUCUCAUCUCUUUCUUUUCUUCUCCAUCGGGCAAAAACCUAACUUCCCAGGUUAAAAAUCAUCAUGGCAGCUUUGCCUUAUCACUUGACUUCCAGCAGUUUCAAAAUAUAUGCCAUAUUGAGGAAUUCUAUAAAAUGUUAGAGGAGAAACCUAAAAUCGCUCUCUUGUGCAUGAGCGCUGCAGUUCAUAAGGUUCUUAGUGCCAUAUGGGAGAGUGACCAACUUGAGGAUGGUGCAAAAGUAGACAUCCGACUGCAUAACUGUCCUGAAACUAUGAUUGCUCUGAAAAACUUAAAAGCAGUAUAUAUUGACAAACUUGUCUCAGUGCGUGGUACUGUUGUGAAGGCCAGCACUGUCAGGCCUCUUGUGAUGGAUAUGAGUUUUGAAUGCGGAAAGUGCAAACAAAGAAUUAGGCGUAUCUUUCCUGAUGGAAAAUUUUCACCACCAUCAAUUUGCAAUUUGAAUGGCUGCAAGAGCAAAAUAUUUAACCCAUUACGAUCUACAGCUCAAGCUAUAGAUUUUCAAAAAAUAAGGUUGCAGGAACUCCUAAAACCCGAAGACCAUGAAGAAGGACGAGUUCCUCGGACAGUGGAAUGUGAGCUCAUCCAAGACCUCGUUGAUACAUGCAUACCUGGAGAUGUGUUGACUGUCACUGGAAUAAUAAGGGGAAUUAACACUUACAUGGAUAUUGGUGGAGGAAAGUCGAAGAACAGAAGCCAGGGAUUUUACUAUUUGUAUCUCGAAGCUGUUUCCGUGCAAAAUUCCAAGUCACAGUCUACAAAUGAGGAUUUGCAAGACACUAAUCCCAAAGCAAGACCGGCUGAGCUGCUUGAUUUGUUUUCAUUUUCUUCCAGGGAUUUAGAGUUUAUUGUGAAAUUUUCGAUGGAGCAUGGCUCAGAUUUGUUUCGGCAAAUUCUUCAAUCUAUAUGCCCAUCUAUCUAUGGGCAUGAGCUUGUUAAAGCUGGGAUUACGCUGGCAUUAUUUGGGGGUGUGCGAAAACAUUCUAUGGAUCAGAAUAAGGUUCCUGUAAGGGGAGACAUUCAUGUCAUAAUUGUCGGUGAUCCUGGACUAGGCAAGAGCCAAUUGCUACAAGCAGCAGCCGCUGUUUCUCCGCGAGGCAUCUAUGUCUGUGGUAAUGCGACAACUAAAGCCGGCCUCACAGUAGCUGUAGUAAAGGAUCCUAUGACGAGUGACUAUGCUUUUGAGGCCGGGGCUAUGGUGUUGGCUGACAGUGGAUUGUGUUGCAUUGAUGAGUUCGAUAAAAUGUCAGCCGAACAUCAGGCUCUACUGGAGGCCAUGGAACAACAGUGUGUCUCUAUUGCAAAGGCAGGAUUGGUGGCAAGUUUAUCAGCUCGAACUUCUGUCUUAGCGGCAGCAAAUCCAGUCGGUGGUCAUUAUAACCGCGCGAAGACUGUGAAUGAAAACUUGAAAAUGAGUGCCGCUCUGCUGUCCCGAUUUGAUUUAGUUUUCAUACUGCUGGACAAACCUGAUGAACUUCUGGACAAGCGAGUCUCGGAGCACAUCAUGUCACUUCAUGCUGGUAAUGGACAACUAGCAGUCAAAAAGCAACGUAGAGAUUUACCUUCUGAUUCAAGAAUUACGGCACCACAGAAUGCUGAAAGCAUCGAUUUGGGGGUUAGAUCUGGUUCUUUAGUUUCAAAGUUGAGACUUGACCCACAACGAGAUAGUGGUUUUGUACCAUUGCCUACACAACUUCUUCGAAAAUACAUUGCUUAUGCGAGGAGUUUUGUCUUCCCCAGGAUGUCCAAGCCCGCAGCAGAAAUCCUACAAAAGUUUUACCUUAAGCUGAGAGAUCAUAAUACUUCAGCUGAUGGUACACCGAUAACGGCAAGGCAACUUGAAAGCCUCGUGAGGCUGGCUGAAGCUCGGGCUCGGCUAGACUUGAGGGAAGAAAUAACGGCCCAGGAUGCCAUGGACGUAGUUGAAAUAAUGAAGGAAUCCCUGUAUGAUAAAUACGUAGAUGAGCAUGGAUUUGUGGAUUUUGGACGAAGUGGGGGGAUGAGUCAACAGAAAGAGGCGAAACGCUUCCUAAGUGCCCUCAACAAACAAUCAGAAUUACAGCAGAAAGAUUGCUUUUCAAUAUCUGAAAUAUAUAGUCUGGCGGAUAGAAUUGGCCUACAAGUGCCUGAUAUUGACACUUUCAUCGAUAAUUUAAACAGCGUUGGUUAUCUACUCAAAAAGGGUCCAAAGACAUACCAGGUGUUAUCCUCCUCGUAUACGCGAAGCCAAUCAUCUAGGGCAAAGAGCUAACCGGCUAGACAGGCUAGGCGAUGCCCAUUUUCCCACAUGCUGAAUAUUAUGGAGUCUGCCGUGGAAUGUGAUGCGCUUAUAACUGAGCCCCUAUGCUUUUACGUGCUGUAUAGGAUGAAACUGAUCCAAGAGUACGGAAACCUGUACUUGAGUCGAUUAGCGACUCGUGAUGAACUGCGCAAGUGGGGCAUUCAACUGAGACUAUUGUAACUACAUAUAGCCGCUGAGCCUUCGUUAAGACGGACAAACGUAAGACCUAACAUGCAAACGUCUACAUUGGCAUCAAGCUUGACCUUUUUGUUCUGUUCUUUU